AUGUCUCGCCAUCAUCCCGAUCUCGUAAUGUGCCGCAAGCAAUCCGGCAUCUCCAUCGGCCGUCUCUGCGAUAAGUGCGACGGCAAAUGCCCCGUAUGCGACUCCUACGUGCGCCCAACCACCCUCGCCCGCAUCUGCGACGAAUGCUCCUUCGGCAACUACCAGAACAAGUGCGUCGUCUGUGGCGGUGAGGGCAUCUCCGACGCCUUCUACUGCUUCGAGUGUACACGCCUAGAGAAGGACCGGGACGGAUGUCCCAAGAUUAUAAAUCUGGGUAGUAGUAGGACAGAUCUGUUCUACCAGAAAAAGAAUUUUAGGAAUCAUUGA